AUGGAUAUAAAGGUACUAUUAAUAUCAGCUCUACUAGGAUUUGUCUCUCAUGUCAGAUCAAAAACAGACAGCAAUAUAUGUAUUUCUGCAAAUGCCAAAACAUGUGGAGAGUGUAUUCAGAUCGGGCCACAGUGUGCGUGGUGCAAAGAUCCUGGUUUCAAACCUUCACGCUGUGAUGACAGAGAUUCUCUGGAAAAGGCUGGUUGCACUGCACUCGGCAUCGAAAACCCUCGAGGAACGAUGACCAUCGACAAGAACAAACCCGUCACAAACCGUACAAUUGACGGAGGACAGAAUCUGAGGCCUGAUGAGAUCACCCAGAUUCAGCCACAGAAACUCACCCUGAACCUCCGAUCAGGUGAAUCACAGAAGUUUACUCUCAAGUUCAAGAGGGCAGAGGAUUAUCCCAUCGAUCUGUACUUCCUGAUGGACCUCAGCGACUCUAUGCGAAGUAAUCUUGAUAAUGUCAAGAACCUGGGAACCGAACUUGCCAGGGAGAUGCAGCACAUCACCGAAGACCUGCGGAUAGGUUUUGGUUCAUUCUUGGAGAAACCUUUCAUUCCGGUGACGCCAACAUAUCUGAAGAAACCAUGUUUUCCAAACAAUUGCACAGCCCCCUUCAGCUACAUAAACGUCUUGAACUUGACAGAUGACACCGCAUUGUUCACCCAAGAAGUCAGCAAGCAGAAAACCUCUGGAAACCUGGACUCUUCAGAGGCAGGAUUUCAAGCAAUCAUGCAAGCUGCUGUCUGCACGGAAGUGAUCGGCUGGAGGAAUGUUACUCGCCUCCUUGUGUUCUCCACGGAUGCUGGAUUCCAUUUUGCUGGAGAUGGAAAACUGGGUGGUAUUGUGCAACCAAAUGACGGGAAAUGCCAUCUGGAGAAUAAUAUGUACACCAUGAGCAACUACUUUGACUACCCCACCAUCUCUCAGCUGGUAGACACACUGAGUGACAACAACAUUCAGACCAUCUUUGCUGUGACACAGCAAUUCAGAGAUCUUUAUCAGGAGCUGUCUGCUCUAAUCCCUAAAUCAGCAGUGGGCACACUGUCUACCAACCCUUCCAGUGUCGUCCAGCUCAUCAUUGAUGCAUAUAAUUCUUUGUCCACAGAGGUCAUUCUGGAGAACAGCAAGCUACCCGCUGGUGUGUCCAUCUCCUACAUCUCCCACUGCAAGAAUGGAGUGAGCGAAAAAGGAGAAAAUGGGAGAAAGUGCUCCAAUAUCUCCAUCGGCGAUGAGGUGAAGUUUGAUAUAGAAAUCACGGCUACGGGCUGUCCAUCUAAAGGUAAAUCAGAAACUAUAAAGAUCAAGCCGCUGGGCUUUACUGAGGAGGUGGAGAUCUUCCUCAGCUUUAUCUGCGAAUGUGAGUGUCGUAAAGAUGGAAUCCCAAACAGUCCGGAGUGUAGCGGCGGCCAUGGCACUCUGGAGUGUGGAGUAUGCAGGUGUAAUGAAGGCCGGUUAGGCAGAUUAUGUGAGUGCAGCCAAGAUGAGUUCCUGACAGAUGAUCUGGACGCGAACUGCCGCAUGGAUAACGGGACAGACAUCUGCAGCAACAAUGGAGAAUGUGUCUGUGGAACGUGUGAGUGCAAGAAAAGAGAAAACCCAGAGGAGAUAUACAGCGGAAAGUUCUGCGAGUGUGAUAACUUCAGCUGUGACCGCUCCAACAACAAGCUCUGUGGAGGUCAUGGUCAAUGUGUGUGCAGGACGUGUAUCUGUGACGCUAACUAUGCAGGCAGCGCGUGUGACUGCCCUCUGGACACCUCCACCUGUCUGGCCAGUAACAAACAGAUCUGUAACGGUCGGGGCACCUGUGAGUGCGGCGUGUGUAGAUGUACCGACCCAAAUUUUUAUGGUGCCACCUGUGAAAUCUGCCCAACCUGCCCCAGAAUUUGACUUUCAAUGACUUUCUUUAUUUGAAUGCAAGUGAGCUAUUGGCAGAAUUCUUGCAGAUGUUGAUUGCUGUGCUUGCAUGUUAUUUUAUCCUAAACUUUUAGGAUUUUGAUCAUAUAUUUGCAAAUAUUACAUUAUUGUAAACCUGUGCGUAUACUAUACAGAACAAACUGUCAUAUUGUCAUUACUAAAACAACAUGUUAGAAAACAAAUAAAUAGUAUAAUUCUAGGGUUUUAGGUGACAUGAGAAUUUGUUAUUCAUACCACAAUACUAAAUAAUUGUGUCUUUGUAGAAAUUUUGUAGAUGUAUUUCCUUAAGAGAAGCAGACAAAAUAGUCUUUUAAUAGUCUUGCUCCUUGACAAAUCUGUUUUCAGCGUUAUUGGGAUAUAUAACGGUUAGAACAUUUAAUGAUCUAUGAACGAUUUCUUUGUAACUAAUUAUAUAAAAUUAUAUUACCAGUGCACCAUAAUUUUACAAAUAAACUGGUUUUGAGCAUUCAUUUAUCUUUCAUUUAUCAUUUUAUUUCUCAAGACAUUUUAUCCUGCAGGUUCCUCUAGUGGACAAUAUUAGCAUUGACUCCAUAUCCAUCACCUUUCAGUUGAAAUGGCUGAUUGUUUGUGAGCAUCGCAAAUUAAUGAAAGCAUGUUAAACUAAGCAUGUUUUCACUUCAUUCCUUUUUAAAGCCUUCUUUGCUAGCUCAUCGGCAGCUUCAUUUCCAGAAAUCCCUUUAUGGUGCCCAACAGAUUCCAGCUGCCACUCCUGUCCUUUGAAUAUGAUAAAAGAGCACAAAUAUUUCAUUCAUUAAA